GUCAACGGCGUGGCUUGGUACAUAUCUCGGCAUUCUUGCAGGUUGCGCAUGCGUGUCCGCUUUAAGAUUGAGCUUAAGCGCAAUUGGCGGGUAAUUUACAUGCCCUAGCUGCAAUACGUUCUCACUAUACUUUUGACACACUUCAUACCGUGCUAACUUAUACCUGCAAGCUUGCUGAAUAGAGUUCAACCUCCAUGGCCUUUUCCAAAAUCGCAUUUGAUAUUGGUGCUUAACAAGUAAGAGUACGCAAUGGAUCGGAAAAAGCAGGAGGAAUUGCAACGCGUCGGUCGCCAGCGGCUUGAGGAAUUUCGCAAGCAUAAAGCCGAGAGGCAAGCCGUAGCCUCUACUAGCAGCGGUGGUCCUCCCUCUGGCGGCUUGACGACAGAGACCGUUGCAACUACUUCGGCGACCUCGGGGCCUGGAUUGACUCCAAGGAAGUCCAACCGCUCAACCCCAGCAGCAAGCGAAGCCAGCACCCCCUCGUCUGCGCCGGCGGCCCUAGCCGCAACCUCUACCGCCACCACCACCACCGGCACGACCAUGGCGCCGCCCACCUCUUCCUCCUCUGUCGCCAUGGACCUUCUGAACAAGGAACUGGCGCAGAUGCGGCUGCGGGUGGCUCAGGCGGAGAACCGGGCCAGGGAGGCAGAAGCACGCGUGUUGGAGGCAGAGGCCCAUCUGUCUGCUGCCCGGGCUAUACCCACCACUCCCCGUGGAGGCCGCGCAUGCGUCUCAACGGGCGGUGUUGUGGCAGCGGGGGCGGCGGAGGCAACCCUGAGGAGCUUGGAGGAGGCCCUGCAGGAGGCCCAGCAGGAGCGCGAACGUACGGAAGCCGCCCACCAUCAGCUGCAGCAGCAGCUGGCCGCCAGCCAGGCGGUGGAGGCGGGGCUCCGGCAGCAGCUGGCGGCGGCGCAGCAGCGGGCGGAGGGCGCGGAGGGGCGUGCGGAGGCGAUGCAGGGGGAGCUGCAGGAGGCGGAGCGGCGGCUGGUGGCGCAGCAGGGACAGCAUCGGAAGGAGAUGGAGCUGGCGGCGAAGAGGCUGGUGGAGGCGACGCACCGAAUGGCCUCCCUGGAGGAGGAGGCGGACCAGCAGCGGGCCCGGGCGGAGCGGGUGGAGGCGGAGGUGGCCAGAGCCACUCAGCUGGCGGCUGCCAUGCAGGCCCAAGUGAGGGAGCUGGAGCGCAGUGCGCAGCAGGAGCUUGCGGAGGCCCGGGAGCAGGUUUCCUCCCUCCAGCAGGAGCUGGCCGCUCGCGACGCCGCACUGGCUGAGGCCACCGCCGCCUCGCAGGCUGCAGAGCACAAGCUGGAUGCCGUGCGGGAGUACGCUGCGUCGAGUGUGGAGGAGCUUAACACCGCUAAUGAGAGGCUAGCGGCGCUGGAGGGAGAAGUGGAGCAGCUCCGCACCUCUGCAACUGAGCUCUCACAGCAGCUAGCCGAGGCGGAGUCGCAGCGUCAGGCGCAGCAGCAGGCGGCCGAGCAGCUGCAGCGGGAGGGCCAGGCGGACCGCGAGAAGCUCGUCGCGCUGUUGGCGCAGGUUUCGGAGCUGGAGGCGGCCAAGGGUGCAGCGGAGGCGCAGCUCGAGGCCGCCAAGGGGGCCAUGGCGGCGCAUGCGGCGGAGGAGUCGCGCAUGGCCAAGGGGCAGAUCCGGUCGCAUCCCCUGGCUGCGGGUGCUGCCGUGGGUGCUAGUAGUGGUGCUGCACGCAUGACUGGCGGGACCACCCAGGAGCUGUCUGCCACCCAGAGCGACGUGGCCCGCUUCCGCGCUCGCGCCGAGGCGCUGGAGACGCAGCUCGCGGUCGCCUCGCAGCGUGUCAACGUGGUGGAGGGGGAGCUGGAGCAGGCGCAGGCGGAGGUGGCGGAGGCCCGGCAGUUCAGGCGCAGGAUGCAGUCCUUCAUUGAGGAGCAGGGCUCGUCCGAGUCCAAGGGCCUGGCGGUGCGGCUGGUGUCGGCCACGGAGGAGGCGGCCAAGCUGGCGGCCAAGCUGGAGGAGGCUGAGCGCAGGCUGGCGGAGGGAGCUCCCGAGCGGCCUCCCCGCCACCACGAAUCCAAGCUCCGUCGCUUCCAUACGCCCGCGGAGGGUCUCCCGGACACACCACGCACCGGCAGCAACCCAGGUGGCGCCAACAACCCCUUCUUCGGCCUGACGCCGCCCCCGCACAUGCCUCGCAGCUCCGACGCAGGCAGCAGCACCAGCGGCGGAGGCGGCCUGCCCAUCCGCAUGGGCAGCCUAACGCAUGUAGCAGACGCGGUGGAGGCAACGGCGGCGGGUGCGGGUACGGGUGCCGCGGGCUCGGAGCCAGGUGCCUUGGUUGCAGAGCUUGAUGCAGCCCGUGGGCAGGUGAAGGAGGCUUCAGAGCGUGCCGUCGCUCUGGAUGCGGACCUUACUGUCGCACGCGAGCGCAUCGCACAGCUAGAAGCCCAGCUGUUGCAGCAGCAGCCCCAGAAGACACAGGAGGAGGUUACGGGCGGUGACGUUGAAGGCGCCAAGGCCGCUGACGUGCCCGCCGUUGACGUUGACGCUCUGCGGGAGGAGUUGGCGGCGGCCCAAGAGGCGGCGGCCCGGCAGCAGCGCGAGGCGGAUGAUGCGCGUGAGAAGCUGCGUAGCGCGGUCAAGAAGGGCAAGGUCCUUGCGGAGGCUCGGGCGGUCCUUGACGCGCGGGUUUCGGAGCUGGAAGCAGCUAAGGGUGAGCUUGAGGCUAGCGUGAACAGUCUCACGGAGGAGCUCACCGCCGCUCGGGCAGCACUGGAAGAGCAGCGGGUCGAGGCGGCAGCAGUGUUGGAGGCCCGGGUUUCGGAGCUAGAGGCAGCCAGGGCGGCUGCGGCAUCGGAGCUUGCUGAGUUGCAGACGGCUAAGGAUGUACUGGCGUCGCAUGCGGCAGAGCUACAGGGCGAGAGGGCGAAGCUGGAAGCCCGGAAGGCAGAGCUGGAGGCGGUGGCAGAGGCGGCGGAGGCACGCGCCGUGGCGGCCGAGGCGGCGGCGCAACGUCUGCGCGAGGAGCUGGCAGCAGCGCUGCAGGAGGGCGGCCAGGCGACGGAGCGCCUUGCUGUCAUGCAGCUGCAGCUGCAGGCCGCGGUUGAUGCGGCAGCGGCUCUGGAUGCUGCCUUGGAGCAGUCACGGGCGCGAGGAGCGGAGUUGCAGCAGCAGCUGGAGGCGGCGGUGCGGGAAUCGGGCAGCCGUGUGGCGCAGUUGGAGGCGGAGAUGCAUGCAAUGGAGGAGCGGUCAGCGGCGCUGCAGUCCGAGCUGGCGGGUGUGCGAGAGGAGGCUGUUGGUGCGCAGGCUCGGGCUGAGGAUGUGGCGGCUCAGCUGCAGGCAGCGCAGGCUGCUGAGGUAGAGUGGAGGAGGCAACUGGAGGCGAGCCAGGCGGCGUGCGAGGAGGCGCGGCAGCAGCUGGCGACGGCGCAAGCGGAGGCCGAGGAGCUCCGGGUCGCUGCUGCUGCAAGGGCGGAAGCUUUGGCGGCAGCGGAGGCGGAGGCUCGGGGAGCGGCAGAUGAGCGUGUGGCGCAUGCUGCGGCGGCGGAAGCAAAGAUAGCGGAGCUGCAGGCUGCGCUUCAGGAGGGUGUAGCGCGCGCUGAGGAGCAGGCCGCGGAGGCGCAAGCGCAACUCGAGGCAGCACAGAAGGCUCAAGCCGACCUGCAGACUCAGCUGGACUCUGCCAAGGUCGCGGAUGCGGAGUUGCGGUCACAGCUGGAGGCAGCGAGUGACAUGGAGGCUGGUCUCCGGUCACAGGCCGAGGCAGCUCAAGCGUCUGAAACCGAGCUGCGUGCUCACUUGGAGGCAGCUCAGGCGGAGCGUGAGGAGUUGCAGAAGCAGCUUGAGGCCUCCCGGGCGACCGAGGUGGAGCUCCGGAUGUCAGCAGAUGCAGGCGUUCAGGCACAGGCCGAGGCUGCGCAGGCGAGGGAGGCCGAGCUGCGGGCACAGCUUGAGGCUGCACAGACCGAACUUGCACAACUGCAGCAUCAGCUUGAUGCCGCGCAGGCAACGGAAGCCGAGUUGCGGUCGCAGAUGGAAGCUCUCCACGGCACGGAAGAAGACCUGCGAGCGCAGCUCGAGUCAGCACGGGAUGCGGAGGCUCAGCUGGAGGCCAUCCAGUCAUUGGAGGCGGCCCUGCGGCUAGAGCUGGAGGCAGUGCGUGAAGAAGAGGCGAGCAUGCGUGCGCAGGCUGAGUCAGCUCAGGCUACGGAGGAGGAGCUCAGGUCCCAGCUGGACGCUGCUCAGGCUGCGGAGGCCGAGGUUCGAUCGCAGUUGGAGGCACUUCGGGAUGCGGAGGCAGGCCUGAGGGAUCAGGCGGAGGCAGCCAAAACAGCCGCAGCGGAGCUAAAGUCACAGCUGGAUGCGGCUCUGUUAGAGGCGAAGGAGCGCCUCGAGGCUCAAGCCGAGGCAGCCCAUGCGGCUGAGCAAGAGCUCCGUUUGCAGCUGGAGGCUGCCCGGAGCGCAGAGGCGGACCUUCAGGCGAAGCUAGCCGCGGCGCAGGCGACCGAGGCGGAGCUUCGCACGCAGCUGGAGACCGCUCAAGGCACGCAAGCCGGUUUGGGUGACCAGCUGGCGACGCUGCAAACACAGCUUCAGGCAGCGGAAGAGGCGGCGACGGCAUCGCAGGCGCAAGCGGAGGCACUCCAGUCCCAGCUGACAGUCGCGCAGAUGCAGAUACAGGAGGCGGGCGAGGAGGCGAGUAUCGAGCUGGCUGCGACGGCGGCGCGUGCGGCGGCUGCAGAGCAGCAACUGGCGGAGACGCGUGAGGAGCUAGCGGCAGCGCUGGCUCGUGUUGAGGCGCUUGAGGUGAUGGCGGAGGACAACGCCGCGGGAGCUGAGGCUGCCAAAACGUCAGCCCAUCUUGCACGAAAGAGCGCGGAGGUGGUUCUGAAGGACUUGGCGGCGGCACUCGAGGAGCGAUCGCAGCUCAUUGGCAAGGUCGAAGUUGCGGAGGCGGCGCUGACGGAGGCGAGGGCGCAGCUGGCGGCGGCGGCGGCGGAGCGAGCACAAGUGGUGGAGAUGCUGCGAGAGUACGUGGACCUGCAGGAGCAGGCCGUACAACGGCAGGUUGUGGGAGCAGCGGAAGCAGUGACGGAGGCAGCAACGCUGGUGGAGACAGCGGGUGCCGUACGUACGGCAGUACACGGGCUCCGGGAGCAGCUCGCGACCGCCAAGAGUCGCGCGGAGGCUGCGGAGGCGCUGACGGCGGAGACGGAGUCGCGCGUGGCGGAAGCGUCCAAGACUGAACGUUCGCAGCUGCAGCAGCAGUUGGAAGAGGCGCGACUGGAGCUGCAGCGCGCUGUGGAUCGCGCUGCGGCGGCGGAGGCGGCAGCACAGAUGGCCGCUGAGGCUCUGCAGGCUGCAGCUACAGCUCAAGAAGCGGAUGCAGCCCGCAUGACUCAGCUCAGGUCAGAGCUGGAGGCAGCACACGCGACCGCAGCCUCAGAGGUGGCAGCCAUGCGCGCCGCUCAAGUGGAUCAGGGAAAUGCCGAUGCGGCCCGGCACGCUGAGCUAGUCGCCAAGCACUCGGCUCUGGAGGCGCAAUUGGUCGAGCUUGUCAGCGCGCGUAGAUCUGAUCAGGCAGAGGCGGAGGCCAGGCUAGCGGCAACUGUGGCGGAGCUGCAGGCUCAGUUGAAUGAGCAGGAGCAGCGCCUAAUGGUGGCGACGGAAGCCCAAGCGGCUCUCGAGGAGGAGCGCCGUACCGCGGCCACACAGGUCGCUGACCUUGAGCAUCAGCUGACGGCGGCACGUACAGAAAUCGAGCAGCUCAAGGAGGAUGAGAAGCGCGUUGGUGUUCUUGAGCGAUCGCAACUAGAUGAGCUGAAGGAGGAGCGUGAUGAGCUGCGCUGCCGCGUUGGCGAGCUACAGGCCUGGUACAAACAACUGGCGGCGGAACGUACGGCACUGGAGGGGCAGCUGGCGGCGGUUUCGGAGCUGCUGAGCGAGAGGCUAGUGGCGGCGGAAGCUGCUGCGACGGCGUCAGCUGCCGACGCGGCUCAGAUGCUGGCUACGGUUAAUCAGCUGGGUGGACUGCGGCCUUCUGUGGAGGAGGGUAUACUCGCGGUUCAGCGCCUGGCAGCGGCUGAGGUUGAGCUGGCGGAGGCAGCAGCGCGUGCAGCGACGUUGGCGGAGGAGGUGGCGGCGCUGGGGGUGGCGCAAGAGGCUGCGCAGGAGGAGGCGGGUCGCAUGCGGGCGCAGCUGGGGACGGCGGAAGCGCUUCUUGCGUCGGCCCGGGAGGAGGCGCGCGAGGUGGUGGAGCGUGAGGAGGAAGCGGUUGCGGCGCUGCGCGAGGAAGCCGCUGUAGCGAGAGCUCAAGCCGAGGCGGUGCUGUUAGCCUCGGCCGAGCUCAGCGUGCAGCUUGAAGCAGCGCGCAAGGUGGAGGCUGGACUACGGGAGCAGGGUGAGGCUGCGCGGGAGGCGGAGGCCCAUGUACGAUCGCUACUGGAGGCAGCUCAGGCGUCCGAAGCCGAGCUGCGUGCUCAGCUGGAGGCGGCUCAGGCGGAGCGUGAGGAGUUGCAGAAGCAGCUAGAGGCCUCCCGGGCGACUGAGGCAGAGCUCCGGUUGUCAGCGGAUGCAGGCCUUCAGGCACAGGCCGAGGCUGCGCAGGCGAGGGAGGCAGAGCUCCGCGCCGACCUGCAGGCAGCACUGGAUGCCGAGUCAAGCCUCCGGGCACAGGCCGAGGCAGCGCAGGCUGCGGAAGCCGAGUUGCGGUCGCAGUUGGAAGCAGCCGGAGUGCGAGAGCAGCAGCUGCAGUCAGAUCUGGAUGCAGUACGGAACACGGAGACGAGCCUGCGCGCACAAGCCGAGACGGCCCAGGCGACGGAAGCGGAGAUCCGGUCACAGCUGGAGGCCGCUCAGGCUGUCGAGGCAGGCCUGCGGGCGCAGCUCGAGGCAGGGCAGGGUGUUGAUGUGACCCUCCAACCUCAACUAGAGGCGGCAAAGGCCGCGGAAGGAGAGCUCCGGGCGCAGCUAGAAGCUUCCCAGGCGGCAACUGCGGACCUGCAGCAGCAGCUGGCGGCGGCUCAGGCAGCCAAUGGCGAUCUUCAGCAGCAGCUGGAAGCCGCCCAGGCCGCGGUUUCGGAGCUUCGUACCGAGUUAGAGGCCACCGCGGCAGCGCGCGAUGAGCUGCAGGGCCAAGUGGAUGCAGGGGCGGUGGAGGCGGAGGCUCUGCGGGGGCAGCUGGAGGAGGCGCGAGCGGAGGCGGAGGCAGCGCGUGGAGAGGCAGCCGAGGCGGCUGCUGUGGCGGCGAGUGUGCGGGAACUGUCAGGAGCGGCUUGCGAGGACCUGGUGCAGCAGGUUGCUCAGCUGACAGCGCAGGCAGCUCAGCUGCGCGAGGUGAACGAGGGGCUGCAGGCCGAGCUGACCAACGCGCAGGAGGAGCUGACCAGCCGGGAGGCCGAGCUGCUGGAUGUGGGGCGUGAGGCGGAGGCGCAGCAGGCGGAGGCGGCGGAGGCGCACGGCCGCGUGGCUCAGCUGCAGGCGCAGCUGAGGCAGAUGGAGGCGACUCUGCUGGAGGACAGUGGAGCGGCGCGCGACUCGGAGGCCCGGAUAGAGCAGGUCCUGUCUGACCUGAACGCUGCCCGGCAGCAACACGCGGCAGUUUCCGAGCAACUGGCCGCGCUGCAAGCCGAGGCGGCUGCUUCCUCAGAGGCCGCUGCCGCAUUUCGAGCCGCACAGGAGGCCUCCGCCGCCGAGGUGGAGGACUUGCGGCAGAAGCUGCGGGCUGCAGUGCGCAAGGGCAAGGCCAUUGAGGCCUCCCGUCAGGCACUAGAGCAGCAGCUGCAUGAGCUGCAGGCGGCUAAGGAGCAGCCGCAGCAACAGCAGGUGCUGCAGAAGGAACAGGACGAGGCGGCAGCCACCAGUGCCCGGGAGACGGAUGAGACGGCGGCGCUGGUUGCUGAACGAGUCGCCGCGCUGGAGGGGCGGGUUUCGGAGCUGGAGGCGGCUAAGGAGGCGGCGGAGGCGCAGGUUGCGGAGGUUCAGCGCGUGAAGGCGGAGCUAGAGUCAAAGGUCGCCGAGCUCGAGGAUCAGCUAGCGGAGGCGGCGGAGACAGCGGAGGCGAGGAUGCAGGAGCAGCAGCGUGCGGGGGCCGAGGCAGCGGCAGCGGCUGCCAUCCAGAUCGCUGACCUUGAGCAACGUCUGGCGGAGGCGGAGGGAAGGGUGGCGGAGGCGCAGGCGCAGGCUGAACGCGCGGAGCUCGCGGCGGCAGAGGCUGCUCGCGCAGCGGACGACGGCGCCGCCGCUGUUGUUGCAGAGCUAGAGUUGGAGGAGCUGAAGCGUGAGCACGCGGACGUGCUGCGUCAGCUGCAUGCCGUGCGUGAGGAGGCGGCGUCGCGUGCCGCUGAGGCGGCGGAGGCGAGCCAGCGUGCUGAGGACUUGCGUGGCAAGCUGAAGGCGGCGAUCAAGAAGGGCAAGAGGCUGGAGGAGCUUCUGGCGGAGGCGUCGGCGUCGCCGCUGUCGCCUGGCGGAGGCGCUGGGACGGGAUGUACGACGACCCCGCGGGAGACCAUGACGGAGGAGAAGGCUGAGGCCGCCGACGCCGUGGUAGCGGUAGUGGCGGCGGCGGCGGAUGCGGCGCAGCUGGUGGAGGUACGGCAGAAGCUGGCGGAGGCCCAGGAGGAGUUGGCGGAGCUGCGGGGCCGGCUGGCGGUGGCGGAGGCGGAGCUGGCGGAGGCUCGUGGGGAGGCGGAGGCUGCUCAGCGGGCCGCGGCGGCAGAUGCGGAGGAGCUGCGGCAGCGGGCGGCAUCGCUGCAGGAGCAGUUGGCGGCGGCGACUAAGAAGCUCUCCUUGUCUGCGGAGCUGACCUCCCUUGUGGAGGAGCUCAGCGCCCGCAACGACCAGCUCUCAGCCGACCUGGAGGCUGCCCGACAGGACCUCGCCGCUGCCUCCGCGCAAGCCGCAACUGCCGCCGACGCCGCUGCAGCGGCAGCCGCCUCCGCAAUGGAGGCGGCCGAGGCGCAGGCUGAGGCCCUCAGGGCUCAGCUGCAUGCAGCGCAGGAACAGGUGGCAGGCGCCGACGCCGACGCUGCUGCGGCUUCGGAGCGUGCGGCUGCCCUUGAGAGUCAGCUAGAGGACGCGUUGGCAGCGCUCCGCGCCCUUGAGGUACAAAAAGUCGGUUUGGAGGAGGUGGUGCGGGAGCUAAGGCGGGAGGUGGAGGCAGCGGCGGAGGCGAAGGAGGCACAGGGAGGUGCCGCCGCUGCGGCGACGGAGGCGGCGGUGGCGGAGGCGGCUGCCGCCGCUGCGGCGGAGGCUGAGGCGAAGGCCGCGGAGAGGGUUGCGGAGCUCGAGACGCAGCUGCUUAUGAGGGACUCGGAGAUCACCCGGAUGACGUCGCAGGUCGGCCGCAUGACAUCACAGCUGGAGGAGGAGCGUGCCGCCGCAGCGCAGGCCGCAGAGGAGGCGGCUGCUCGCAUUGCGGAACUUCGUACGGCAAUAGCCGGUACGGAAGCGCAGCUGGACGCGGCGCGGGCGGAGCUUGAGGCCGUACGGCAGCACGCAGAGGAGCAGCGGCGGGCCCGGGAGACACUCCAGGGCCAGCUGGCAGCGGGUGAGGAGGCCGCUUCGGAGCUGCGGCAGCAGGUCGAGGCUGCGGUCCGGCGGGAGGAGGAGAGCCGGAGGGAGGCGGCGGCGCUGCAAGCCGCAUCAGAGGACCUGCAGAUGCGGCUGGAUGUGGCUCAGGAGCAGCUGGGUCGCCUGGCUGAGCUCCAGCAAGAGGCUGACGGCGCCGCCGCAGCCCGCGCGGCUACCCUUGCCCAGGUCGCCGACCUAGAGCGCCGUUUGGCGGCGGCGGAGGGCCAGGUGGACGAGCUGCAAGGUGAGCUCAUCGGCAGUCGCAUGCGGGCGGAGGCGGCGGAGGCCGCCGCCGCCGCAGCGACGGCGGCGCAGGCAGCGACGGCAGCGGAAGCCGCCGCCGCAGGCGUUGCUAGCGCCGCCAGGGUGUCUGAGCUUGAGUCCAUCAACGAGACGCUGCAGCGGGAGGUGGAGGAGCUGCGUCGUCGCGUCGACGUCGCGGCGGCGGAGGCCGCGGCGGUGGCGGCGGAGCCGCUGCGUGGGCGCGUGGCGGAGCUCGAGGCGGCGGCGGCAGCUGACGCUGCCAAGCUGGCUCGCGCUCGGGAAACCCUGGCACGGCUUCAGGCGGAGAAGAAGACAGCGACGAGCCGGUUGGAGGAGAUGCAGCAGCAGGUGGAGGGCCUGCGAGCGAGCAACGCGCAGCUUGAGGCGGCGGUCGCAGCGGCGGGAAGCCAAGGGAUGGUUUCGGGGGCUCCACGGGUGCUGCAGGAGCCGACGGCCGUCAGCAGCGUUGCUGCAGCAGCCGCGGCGGCAGCGGCGGAGGCUGACGCGGCUGCGCUGGCGGCGGUGCAACAGGAGUUGACGGCGGCGCGGGAGGAGCUGACGGCGCUUCGGAGCAGGUUCCAAGUGGCGGCGGCUGCGUUGGCGGAGGCGCGUGCGCAGCUGGCGACGGCGGGAGAUGAGAAGGAGCAGCUCCAGGCGAGCUGCCGCGGUGCAAUGGAGGAGGCAGAGGCGGCGAGGAAAGACCUGGCGGUGGCGCAAGAGGAGGCACGUCGUACCGCCGCUGCAGCUUCUGCGGCGGAACAGCGUUGCGCACAACUGCUCGAGCAGGCAGCUGCUGCUGCUGCUGCCUCCACGGCCACAGUUGCCGCUGAGGCAUCGACGUCUGGAGGUCGUAGCCGCCGGGGCAGCGACACAGGCAACUCGCAAUCUUCAUCCUCCGUACAGCGUUCAACAAUGGUACGGCGGCCCUCACGAGAGGUCGUCGACAGCUUCCUCCCGCCGCCUCCCAUGCUGGCUGUGGGUGCGGCGUCAGCGGCAGCGUUGCCUCGGGAGGCCUCGACGGGGGCCACGUCGACGGCGGCUGCUGCUGCUGCUGGCGCGGAUGCCGUACGACGGGCUGCACGGGAGGACGCGCGUGCGGUCAGCGCAAUCCUGGCCAGCGCACAUGAGAGGGCGGUGGGCCUGGCGGCGAGGUUGAGCCGGUCGCAGAACUUGAUGGCGGAGCUUGAGCUGGCCACCGCCUCCUCCCGCGGCGUGAAGAGCGCCUCCCAGCUGCCCGAGUUCAGCGAGGUGGUGGCGUGCGCGGUGGCGCUGGAGGGCCUGAUGGCGGUGCUGGAGGCGGGAGUGAACCAGCAGCAGCUGGACAUGCACGCCAAGGCGGAGCAGCUCACGCAGCUGUCGCAGCUGCAGGCGCGCACCGUCGCCCUGGAACAGCAGAACCAGCAGCUGCAACAGGAGCUCAAGCGCUGCGAGAACGCGGCGGCAGCUGCGGCGGCGGCGGCCGCGGCAGGAGGAGCGGCAGCAGGGGGCAGCGGCGGCGGCGGUGGUGCUGGUGAUGAGUCGAGCGUGACUGUGCAGCUGCUGCCGCGGAUUGGCGGACCGGCGGCGGGAGGAAGCAGACCGGUCACUGCGCGCCACCGUUCAGCGCAGUUUGACAUCGAGGCCGGCUGGGGCGCGGGAGGCCCCACCGGAACCGGCGACGGCUCCCUCUCCUCCAGCGGCGGCGGUGCCCUGCUGCCCUCCUCCACCCCUGCUGGCCUGGCCGCCGGCGGUACCGACGACUCGGCACACGACAGCGACGCCGACGACUCCACCGCCGUGGCAGCCUACGCCAGCGGCAGCAGCCGCAGGUUGCAGCUAGACUACCGACCGCUCCUGUCCUCACCCGUCAUGCGGGGAGCGCACCCACGCGUACGGCAUGCGCUGACGCUGGUGGACCAGGCGAGCGUGCAUGCAAGCCGUUGGUUGACGAGUCGCCCCACGCUGCGGCUGGGCGCGUUGACGUACGUGCUGGCGUUGCACCUUGUGGCUCUCACGCUGAUGAUGCUGGGCCGCAGCUGCGGGUCCGCGGCUGGAAGGCUGGGCGUGCCGUAAGGGGCUGGGAGGCUGGGAAUGCCGGGAGGGGCUGGAAUGCUGGGCGUGUACCGGUACCAUAGGGCUGUGUGUCGGGGGCUGCGUGGGGCUCUCGCAUGGGAGGCUGGGUGAGAAGAUCAACGUGGGGCUGGGGGUUCAUGACGAAUUCGUUCAAGCGGCUUUGGCGUGAGGCGAGCCUUAAGUAUGGAGAGGAGCGGUUUGUUGUGAUAUGGGUAUAUUACAUGUUUUUCUUGGUUUGACGACUGGCUGGUUACGGAGGUAGCCAUCGUCGGGGUUAAUAUGGUAUGGGUUUUUGGUGAUGAUAAUGUGUUUUGGGCGUGGCUUUGUUGUGGUUAGGACCCUCAUGCUGCGGACCCGUAUCUUGCACCUACAAGCGGCUAUGCUUGGGGGUUGUGUUCCUUGCUGCUUCCACCUUGAAGGAUUGCUGAUCGGACUCAUGAGUGUGCAUGUUGUGUACGUGCAAACUGCUGACAGGUUUUUAAUGCAUGGAGAGGUUAUCCAGGUGGACCUUCUCUGCAUUCCGCGGUGAAUGGUCAAGGUUGGACGAAUGACCCGGCGUAGUCGACCCCUGGGGCUGUAAUGCGUUUAGCCCACGCCUUUGAUUGUAAACUGGGCAUACAUGUACACGUGAUACGGUACCAUUCCAUAUUCCUCUUUCCCUGCGAUAUCUGUCCUAUGCGCUGUUGCCGAGCUGAUCGACUGGCAGUUGCAACUAUCGUCAACUUUGCCAAGCAGGGGCAGCCGCAGUAACGCCUUUCUUACCACUCCACAUAAACAGACGAACGGACAAGUAUUUGUUUCCACUUUCAAAUUGCUACCAGCGCUGAUCAGCUUGACAUGUUCCCAGCAAAGCAAAGAUAGACUCAAAGAAUGUUUACACAACGAGUAUUGAUUGUUAACAGUCAACUUGUACACGCAUAGAAUUUGUAGCUGUAAAAUAUGUACAAGAGGGACGUCGCGAUCUUGUUGCUGGCCUGCGUCGCUCUGCUGAUAUCGCUGCAGAACGAAGGAACUUUUACCUUUGAGAAAGCAUGGUUUCACCAUACUGUUGACGAGUCACGAGAGCUAUACGCUCAGCAUCACGAGCUCCCGGCGCCCGUUGUGGCGGACCUCAACGGCGAUGGGCACCUGGAGCUGGUCAUCACAACUCCAGACCUCAAAUUGCAGGUGAUCCAACCCGCGCCUCCGGGGCACCGCGGGGAGGGCUUUGCGCCCGCCACCGACGUCAACGCCAUCUCGCUGCUCUUCAAGCGGGCACUCGUAGCAGCAGGGCACAGGCCGGUGGCGCUGGCGGUGGGCUACCUGGACCCGCUGCCCGCCGAGCGCGUGGUGCCGCUGCGCAAGCAGGUGAUCGUGCUGGUGAGCGCGAGCUGGGAGGUGAUGGCGUUCGACCACAACCUGGUGCUGCUGUGGAGCUACGACGCGCGGCAGCACUUCCCGCACCACUCGCACAUCAGGGAGGUGGCGAUCCACAUCUCCCCCCACCAGGUGCACGAGAGGGACCGGGGGCUGGUGGUGGUGGGAGCUAGCGUCAUGCGCGGCGACGUAGCCAGCGGCGAGGGCCUGGAGGGCAUGUCAACCGCCGCCAACCGCUCCUCCUCCUCCUCCUCUGCGGGUGGGGCCGGCGGUAGCAGCUUCUUUACGGAUGAUGAUGUGCUGCUGAGUGAGAUGCGGGAGGACGCGGAGAGGCGGGAGCACGCAAAGAGCGCGGGCGCUGCCGAGGGGCUGUCCGACCUGGACUCGGGCGACCCGCUGGCUGGGCUGCCCGGCUCGCGUCACUUCUCCUACGUGGCGCUGGAGGGGGGCGGCGGGGCGCUGCGGUGGCAGCACGGCAGCGGCGACUUCCACAAGGACCUGGGCGAGCUGGGCGGGCAGCUCACCCCGCAGAACAACUACAGGCUGGACGCUGAGAAGUUGGAGGGUCGCCACUUCGGCGAGGCCUCCUGCCGCGACUACCGCGAGUCGCUGCUGCAUGUGCUGCCGCACGUGUGGGAGCGCCCCGCGGACACGCGGCUGGCGGAGGCGCGCUUCCUGCCGCACCGGGCGGGCAGGGGAGCGGACAAGCGGCAGCUGGGGGCGGUGGGGGCGGCGGGAGGCAGGGGACUCAAGUCUGCUGCCGCCGCGGAGGGUGUCUCAGCAACCGGCCGCCGCCCCUCCGGCCUGCUCAAGCCCUCCCUCGCCUCCCUGGCUAGCUCCGGCAAGCGCCGAUCCGCAGGCGCCGGCAGCCGCAGCGGCGACCUCACCCCACCUCAACACGGCCGGGCGGGCAUUCACUCUGUUGAUGCGCAGCAGCAAGCCGCAGGGGCCGGCAGCAGCAGCAGGGGCGGCGGCAGCGGUGCGGGUCACGCGGGCGGACCCAUGGGUCAUCAACGCGAGCAUGCUCACUCGCAGCUGCCGCACAACGUGAGCGCCAAUGCGCUGGUGGCGUUUCUGGAGGAGGGGGUGGAGGUGCUGCACCUGUACACGGGCCGCACCGUGUGUCGGCUGCACCUGCCGCCCCGCACGCUGCAUGCGGACAUCAACGGGGACGGAGUGCUGGACCACAUCUCCGUAUACCACGGCCACGCGGCGGAGGGGGCGGAGGGAGGCGAGGAGGCGGGCUCCUCCUCCUCCCAGCUGCUGCCCGGCGAGCUGCUCUCCGCCAGCGGGGGCGGGCACCGGGUGGCAGGCAGGUGCACCGCGGUGGUGCGCAGCGGCAUUCCGCCCGCGGAAACACUGUUCACGGUCCAGGUCUGUCACACCCGCAAGUUCGGAGUGGCCUCCAGCCGCAACGUCUUCCAGCGCGCCGCCGCCGCCGCCCUGCCCACCGAGCUGGCCACCCCCGUCAUGCUGCCCAUACCCGACAUGCGGGGGUACGAGUCCAAGAGGCGGCAGCACGGCAUGCUGGUGUUCCUGACCAACAAGGGCGAGAUGACGGCCGUGAGCGCGGGGGGCAGCCACGUGUGGCAGGAGUACCUGCAGGUGUCCUGGCCCCCCGCCGAUGAGAACCCCGGCCACGUGGUGCCCACCCUGGCCGCCAUGCCGCUGUACACGCAUGCGGUGCCGACCGUGGUGCUGGCAGCGGGCGAGGAACACGCGGUGAUCGUGUCGGAGCACGGCCGCGUGCUGGCGGAGCUGGAGCUGCCCUGGCCGCCCACACAGCCGCUGCUGGUUGCGGACUUCAACGGGGACGGACUCAACGACAUCGUGCUGGUCACCAGCAGGGGGGUGUACGGAUACGUGCAGGUUCCUCACCUGGCGGGCGGCAUGAGUCUGAGCGCGCUGCUGCUGACGCUGCUGUUGGGGCUGGGGCUGGUCUACUUCACGCAGCACUUCGAUCCGCUGGGCUCGGG